UUUCAAUCGCUAAUUGGUUUUACUAGAAGAGAAGAAAUACUUCGCAGAGAAAAACUUAGAAUUUUCAGACUAUAAGUAUAAAACAUUGAGUUUUGACGUAUUUUUUAACCAUGAAGGCAUUCUAUGUUCUUCUGUUAUUGACCCUCGUUGAAAUCGUUUUUGCAAAAUCGGCUCUUGAUCGAAACAAAGUACCACCUCAUUCAAAACCUCCUGACUCCUCUCAUGGUGAUGGUGGUGGCAAUGGUCCUGACAAUGGUGCAGGCGGUGGACCACAAUCACCACCAGGCGGUGGACCACCAUCACCACCAGGCGGUGGACCACCAUCACCACCAGGCGGUGGACCACCAUCACCACCAGGCGGUGAAUCACCAUCGCCACCAGGUGGUGGACCAGCAUCGCCACCAGGUGGUGGACCAGCAUCGCCACCAGGCGGUGGCGGUAUACCCUUAGUAACAACGCUUUUGCAAUUUUUAUGUCCUUUACUACAACCAGUACUAGCAAGUUUAAGUUUAGACGGUCUUUGUAGAAUGUAAAAAGAAAAAUGAAAUACGCACUAUGAAGGAUAACUUCUAUUAUCGACAUCGUAAUGCAUUGUUAUAAAACAUUUUAUUUAUUAAAUUAUAUUAUCAUUAUUACUAUUAUACAUAUGACUGGAAUGCAUUGUAUCUCUUUUUAAACACAUUUAAUUUUUAAGUCGGCAA